AUGUGGAACAGUGAGACAUUGGGUCACUACUUAAGCUUUUUGAGGGACGAGCUCAAAAGAAGGAGGUUGGAACUCAACUUGCCGUUCAGUGCGAAGGCAUUGAUCCUAUGUGAUGCAGCAGCUGUGCACUCUGCCACUAUGUGGGAGAAAUUGAGGCUUCGCUUUGAGAAGGAGGCUAAUGCCAUCCUGCUGCAUGGCGGCGGGGGUGGUGGCCAAGAUCGAGUUGUGAUUCCUGGUGGGUGGGGGGCCACCGGAGCCCCAAACGAUGCUUGGCACCAGUGGUUCCACUACCUCAGGCGUGGCUACAUGAGACUAUGCACAGGUACUGCUGCGAGUUUGAAGCUUCGGAGGGAGUUCUCCCAGUUUGACUUGUCGGUCGAUGGGAAUGCAAAAUUCCAGCUCGGCAUCGAAUCAAGCCUGAAGGCAGACGCUUGGGCCUUGCGCAUGAUCUCCGAGUAUCAAGGAGGCAAAGUGUUGCUUUGGAGUUGGGUCUCAAGAGGGCUCACAAGUUUGGACCAGGUUGCCAAGUGGCAUUUUGAUUCCAAUGUUGAAGAGGCUGAGCUUGCUCUUCACAGUACACGAGGCAAGAUGGCUGAGCUUUGCGCUUUGGAUGAAGUGCCGACUACAGACUUUCCAGAAGAGAAGCAGCAAGUGGUCCUAGCCGAGGAGAGCAACUUGGAAGGUGAGGUCCGGCAACUGUGGGCAAUUGUUGAUGCAGAAAGUGAGGGCGCAGAUCCGAUUCCAUUGCCUGCUUGGUGUGGUCUUGCCAUUGACAAGGCAAUUCUUCUCUGGAGACGGGAAUAUGAGUUGUGGAAUGGGAGGUUUGCGAAGCGGUUGAGGGACACUGGCAAGGACUACUUGCCUCCUGCACAGAUGCAGAAGUAUGAAGACUGGUGCAAAGAAGCAACUCGGUCCAUUGUGCUGGACAAAAAGAAGAAGGCUCAGGUUGUCAAUGUUGCAGACAAGAGUUUGAACCAAUUGCGCAAGAGCUGCAUCCUCCUGAAGAUCCAGAUGAGCAACAAAGCGGAAGACCUCAUGAUCCAAGCUGGUUCUGGAAAGCAAUGGAAACUUAGGCUUUUUGAGGGCUCGGUUCCACAUGCUAUUUCGGAUCAGGUUCCUCCUGAAGUGGACCACUUUAGAGGACUGAGCCACAUGCAGCACCAGGAGGACCCUGAGCAUGGUGAUGAGCAAGCUCAAGACGAUCCUCCUGAUGCAGCGCCGCUCGAGGACUAUGUCCAGCACGAUGAGGCGGAAGAUUUUGAAGAGCUUGACGCAGACAUGUCCACAUGGAUGCUUCUCCAAGACAGCGAUGUGGAGAGCGACAUGGAUGAAGAUGUCCCGGGCUUCACAGAGGCUUGUACAAAGGCCAAGGCCAUCGAUCGCCCAGAAUAUCAUCGUUUGUACGAUUUGGGUCUUGCAGGGCGUCCUUCAGGGUGCAAGCUAGGUGUGCAUAUUCCAGCCAGGGUAUGGCGCUCUGGUUGUGCCGGAUCAUCGUACUUUAGUAGGUCAUGGGAUGGAGAUACUGGGCGAAGCCCUUGGCAGGCUUUACUGCGCGUGAUGCAGCUGAUGCUGGAUGCUUACGUGCUUUCAAACCCCAAAGACCGGCUAGCCAAAAGGCAGCUGAGUCGAAUCCAAGCGCUCAGGAGUGAGGAGCCCCCCCACGCAGACUGACACCGCAGAGCAGGCCCACUGUCCUG